CGUCAUCAGUUUGCGUCGGUUAGACUGUAACGUGCAUAGCGCGUCGCAUGUACACAGGAGCUAAAGGGAUAAAUUAACAAAUAUAAAUAAUUGUUUUUGAUAAAAUAUCAAACAAGUUAAACCUUUGAGAUACUAUGGAUGAUGAAGAGGAAACAUACAGGCUAUGGAAGAUCCGUAAAACCAUCAUGCAGCUGUGCCAUGACAGAGGCUACCUGGUGACUCAGGACGAGUUGGACCAGACGCUGGACGAGUUCAAGAGUCAGUUUGGAGACAAACCCAGCGAGGGUCGGCCCCGGCGCACAGACCUCACCGUGCUGGUGGCGCACAACGAUGACCCCACCGACCAGAUGUUCAUUUUCUUUCCAGAGGAGCCAAAGGUUGGAAUCAAGACGAUUAAGAUGUACUGUCAGAGGAUGCAGGAGGAAAACAUUACACGAGCCAUCAUUGUUGUUCAGAUAGGCAUGACACCAUCAGCCAAACAGUCUCUAGUUGACAUGGCCCCCAAGUACAUUUUGGAACAGUUCUUACAACAGGAGCUGCUCAUUAACAUCACAGAGCACGAGCUUGUUCCAGAGCACAUCGUUAUGCUAAAAGAGGAAGUGGUUGAACUUCUGCUAAGAUAUAAACUAAAGGAAAGUCAGUUGCCGAGGAUCCAGGCUGGAGACCCCGUAGCUCGCUACUUUGGCUUGAAGAGAGGACAGGUAGUAAAGAUCAUCAGACCGAGUGAAACAGCUGGGAGGUACAUCACAUACAGACUGGUGCAGUGA